GCUGCCUGCUGGUCUCUAGGCUGCACAGUUCUGGAGGUGAAACCUGCAGGAGAUGAUCAAACACAGAUCAAGUCGGGAACAUAUGGGAAAGGUAGAACUCCCAAAUGAGAAGAGCUCAGAAUCCAAACUUGAAAAUGUAUCCAGUAAGCUAAGCAUCCUCAACCUCGACCAGACAAAAGAUGGCCUGAGUGUUGUCAGUGUGAAGCAUUCAACAACCAGUGAUAUGGACAUUCAUGGUGAUACUUCCUUAACCAUCGGCCCCAAUGUGCAGCAGUUCGAGUCUACGUCACCAAAGUCUUAUCAAGAAGCCAAAGACAAAUGGAAAGAACUUCCCCCUAAAAAGCCUCUAAAACUGGCUCCAUUAGCCCUCCCUGAGGAUAUCAAGAAAGCCCAACUUGAGAAGCUUAAAUACAUUCAAAUUGAGGGCAAGCGAGCUGCAGAGAAGCUGGCUACUACAGGAGAAAUUAGCACUGAACAUCAGCCAAGAAAAGAGAGAAAUCACAAACAGCUUGAAAGUUUGGAGAAGAUAAAAUUGGCUGAAAAGACAAUUCUGGAAAACCAAAAAACUCCAAUGCAUCUACUGCAAGAAGUACCAUUUCUUCCUGCCAAGAUCACAAAUUCAAUUGCUCACCAGAAAUUCAAAGAGUCAGCACUUCCAAGCAAACCCUCGGUAUCUAAAACAAAUAUCAGUGCUAAAUCUGCCGUUACACAUGAUGCACAGAGGUAUAUUCCUGAGGAAAAUCUUAUGCCCUCACUCCAUCCUGUAAGAGGGAGAAUAAAGUUAAGACAUGGGAAAGACUAUGAUAAUGGGACACAUGAUAAGUCUAAGCCUUUAAAGCCAUUACGAUUAACCUUUAGUAAUGGCAACAUCAAUGAAGAACAUAACAUUGUAAGCCAGCAGACAACCGAUGAACACUGUAAAGCAAGUAAGCUACUUAACAAUGCAGCCAGGAGAAAAUAGAUUAGGAAACCUAAUGAACAACAGGCCUAAUUUCAUCAAAUCAAAAGAUAAAAGGCAAACAAUGGUCAGUUACACACUUUGCAACAUUGUCAGUUUGCUUUGAGAAAUUGUUUAGCACAGAAACAAUACUUAAAGAAAUAAAUUACAGCAAAAUGCCGAAAAAUGAAUAAUCAUAUUGAGUAAGGAAGUGAACUUAUGAAGCAUUAUGGAAAAGUUUGAGUGCUGUACAUCAGAUUUAAUAUUCUAUGUACAUUUUGUUUUUCAUAUUUUCCAUAGAUUGCAAUCGAUUUUAAUCAUGAAAGCAGGAUUGUUUUUGAGGUUGAGUGACUAAACAAAAAUUCACACUGUAAAUGACAAAUCUGAAUAACAAAGGAAAGGAAUUUUGAAAUAUGGUGAAAGGAAUAACAUUGGGACCAAGCUAUUCCCAUUGGAAAGCUGAUCAUCCAAAAAGAAAUUCACGUGUGAAUAUACAAGAUGAUGGCAACUCAUUUAAAAUUUCAGCAAGUCUAUUUGUUCCGUAUGUUAUGAAUAUGCAAGUUAAUUUUGAAUUCUCUACUAUAAUUAUGGAGUUCCAUUAUUUAUGUGCAUCCGAAUAGACAUAUGCCAGUUUGAAAGUGGAUAUACGUACAGUGGCUAGCACGGAAUUAAAAGUAGGUAGUGCCAAGUGCACAGAUGGUACCAAGGUGAAUAACAAGGCAGACAUUCAGCAACUGUAUUGAUUGCAAAUGAAAUUUAACCCUUGCAGUACUACAUUUCAUUAUGUCUUGAGUUUGCUUUCUUAUUGCAAAGCAAAGCCUUUCUUAUAAUUGUACAGGCCAAACCAACCAGUCUCCAAAAAGGGCCACAUGGAUUAUGAUUAAAAGAUUAACCAUUGCUCACAACUUAUGCAGAAAUGAAACUCCACGGAGGCCAGUAUCCUGUUACCAAGUCACCCUUUAUUUACACGUGU